ACAAUAUAUUGUAGACAUGUUAUGCUGACUUUUCCAGAAGAAGGAUACGUUUAUUUGUCGUCUUUCUCGUUUUCUUUUUAACAAAGAAACAUUUUUAAAACUGAAUUUCUGUGGAUAAAUGAAAUAUCUGUUUAUCCUCUGGAGUGUACAAUGAUGCCCAGGAUGGACCUCUACCAAAUCAUCACCAUGAUGGUUGUGUCGCUGCUGCUAGUGCUGGCAACAUUACCAGCUCAUCAUCACCUUCAUCAUCAUCUUCAUCGCCAAUGGCAUCAUCCUCAUCACCAUCAUCACUAUGAAGCAGUCUUUUCCUGCUCCUUGAUUUUCAUUUAAUUAUCAAAGCAGGAUUUCAGCUACUCUAUCACUUUUUUACCAUUCAUUUGGGCAGCACAUCUGAGCUAGCCUUCAUCAAAGAGCCCCAUGACAUUAUCGCUGUAAGGGACCGCCCCUUGAUGCUGAACUGUGAAGUAGAGGGAGAAGGCCCUAUUACUAUUACCUGGCGGAGAAAUGGCGUACCUGUGCAGGUGGGCCCCAGAGUGGCCGUGUUAAGCAAUGGCAUGCUCCUGAUCCGAAACUUCCAGAAACGGCGUGAGAGCAACGAGACAGAUGCGGGAGAGUAUGACUGUGCUGCACAGAACCGCUAUGGCAUGCUGAUCAGCCGUAAGGCACGAGUCCAGUUUGCAUCUCUUCCUAAGUUUCACACCCACCCAGACUCCAUGACAGUGGAUGAAGGAGGGGUGGCACGCUUCCACUGCGCCAUUAAUGGAAUCCCCGAGGCUAGCAUCAUGUGGGAGAGGAACAGAACCACACUCAGCACAGAUGAUGACAGGUAUACUCUCCUGCCCAGUGGUAUUCUGCAGGUCACCGGCGUGCGUCAUGAAGACAGUGGAGUGUAUCGCUGCGUAGCCAAAAACAUUGCUAACACACGUUAUAGUCACGAGGCCCUGCUUACUGUCACUGUGGCAGCUCCUCGUACCUAUAAGGAUCCAGUGAUUCUCUCAGGUCCUCAAAAUCUCACCAUCAACGUCCACCAGACUGCCAUCUUAGAGUGCAUUGCCACCGGCAACCCCCGACCAAUUGUGUCCUGGAGCAGGCUAGAUGGACGUUCUAUUGGAGUGGAGGGGAUCCAGGUGUUGGGGACGGGUAACCUUAUGAUCUCUGAUGUUACCCUACAGCACUCUGGAGUAUAUGUGUGCUCAGCCAACAGACCUGGAAGUAGGACGAGACGUACCGCACUGGGCCGACUGGUGGUGCAAGCUCCGCCUGAGUUCCUGCAGUGGCCGCAGUCCGUGUCUAAAGCAGUAGGGGGCAGCGCAGUGUUCACCUGCCAGGCUCAGGGCGUCCCAGAACCUCACCUCAUCUGGUUAAAAAAUGGCAAGAUCCUCACUCCCGGGGACAACGUCAAACUUACCAACAGCAACAGCACUCUGGCUGUGACCCGGAUCACUGCUGAGGAUGAAGCCAUCUAUCAGUGUAUAGCAGAGAACAGCGCCGGCACCAACCAGGCCAGUGCACGAUUAGCUGUGUCCCUGUCUCCCGAGAAUCCACUUCCUGAGGCUCCACAGGAUCUGACGGCUACUCCACUCACACACACGUCCCUGCAGCUCAGCUGGAACCAGCCCGAAGUCCAUGUGACCGACAACAUCAUCGGCUACGUGCUGCACAUACGCAUGCUUGGUGAGCCAGACAGUAAAGAGCUUCAGGAGGCUGUGAGCAAGGACACGUUCCAGCAUGAGUUUAAUAAUCUGGAACCAGCAACCACUUAUUCCAUUUACCUCAAAGCUUACUCUCCUCUGGGGGCCAGCCAGAAGUCCAACACUGUGGUUGCCACAACACUAGGGGGCGUUCCCACCAUGCCCAGCUUCUUCACUAAAGUUCUGAACAGCACAACAAUGCAAAUUUAUUGGGAACUGCCCAGCAAACCAGGGAAGCUGGAGGGCUUUAAAGUGUCGCACCGUGUCGUACCUCAGGAGCAGUUUGGUCCAGAGGAGCUCUUCCCCAGCCACAUCAACACACACACUAUCUCACACCUUGAGCCAGGAGCUAUGUAUGAGAUCCAGCUGGUGGCAUUUAAUGGGAACGGAGACAGCAUGUGCAAUAAGCGCCUCGUCUCCUUGGCUGAGAGUGGAACAGGGGACAAGAACAGUGCUGUAGGGCAAAGCAUGUGUAACUGCAGGCAAGAUGGAGAGAGCUCUGUAACUGGCAUCGUGGUUGGCAUCCACAUUGGAAUGGCCUGCAUUAUUUUCUGCGUGCUCUUCCUUAUGUUCGCAUACCGCCGCAGCUCAUUUUGCAGAAAGGGCACGCAGGAUGAAUGGAGUGUGCCACAUAACGGAGCGGGACCACUAGGAGACGAGGUACCUAAAGAGGGAGCGAUAUGCACCAGUGAGGCUAUUGAACUAAUGCCACAGCUUCAGAGCAGCUCUGCAGAGAGGCAGGCUGCAGGGGCACACUGCCAGGUUCUCAUUGAGCAGCAACCCAACUGCCAACAAGGCACAAGUACAAGCACAGGCACUGGUGCAGGCUGAUAACCCCGUACACACAUUUCUUUUUCCUCCCUUACACCUCCCCAUCUCCCCAAGUGCAGUACUUGGCCACUCCAUGUCACACUAUUCACCAAAGCCUUAUUCCAGCCCUCCUAAGCAGACAGUAACACACAGACACGAGACUACACAUACAUUCUGUACACACAUAGUCUGGUGUAUG